GAUCGCAUUGGGAAACUCUUGGUACCUGUUUGUUGGUGUAUCGUGUUGAAAACGCGGCAAAAUGGCGGCGACCAGCAUGUUAAAACCUCACGGACAGCAGGUAUGAUUUGGCUGUGGAAUGUAUCUUUUAUUGAACUUGAAGCGGGUCUCAAAUGACCGUAAUCACAUUUCAACAUGAGCAAGAUGACAACAAAACCGCCAAGGGUUCACCCCGGUUCUACCCUGGAUGGCUUACCACGUAGCUUUGUUUCGUCUUUGAGAAUACUGUUCGACGUUUUGGACGAGGAGGGCAAAGGUAUGGUACAUCUCUCAGAUAUCGAAUCACGAUGGCAAGGGGACGGCAUACAAGAGCUUCCCAGUGGAGUAUUGGAAGCGUUGAGGAAAGUCACUCCAAAAAACGGAUACCUCAGCUUUGAGAGAUUUUGUGCCGGUCUGAAAAUAGCACUAAUUAGAAAGAGGACGGAAACAAAAGGGGUUGUAAAAACAAUAGCUGGUCCGCAGAAUGGCACUAAUCAGGCCCCAGCAAGAGCGAAAAGUAUGCCUCAACUUCAAGAUCCACUCACCAAAACUGAACAUGCGCGUACACAUAGUGGGGAGGGUCGACAACCACCAAGAGUUAUGGACAAAGCAGCCCCUCAAAUUGGACCAGGGGGUGGGAACAGUAAAACGAGUAUUGUUGAUGCUUUAAGAAGUUGGCAGAAAGAGCAGUUGAAGAAAACCAGUGGUAGCCGCGAAUCUGGUGACGGCAGGUCCACGUCAAACAAUGACAAACUGAUGUAUGUGGAAGAUAGAGAGCUUCCCAACUCGUAUGUAUUUAGCCGUGGAUCACAUCUUUACUGCCGAUGCGUUAAUUCAUGGCAAGGUUCUAAUAGUUUAGCUAUGUUUGUUCAGAGCUUCCCAACUCAUAUGCAUUUAGCCGUGAAUCAUAUCUUUACUGCGGAUGAGUCAAUUCAUGGCAAGAGCUUCCCAACUCAUAUGCAAUUAGCGGUAGAUCACGUCUUUACUGCCGAUGAAGAGAAAGAUUACAUGGUAAAGACUUUGAGAGAACAAAACAGGCAACUAACCAAGGAAGUCUCGGAGAAAGGUGAGAAAGUGACACAGCUGGAAAGAGAAAAACAAGCUUUAAUACGUGAAUUAUUUGAAGUGCGUGCAAAGACCAGCCGCCCACGGGACUCUGCAGAUAAUACCACGUUUAUGUGA